UAUAUUUUCUCUUCUGGGUAGAACUGUAGAUGGCCAUUAUAUCCUCGACACUGUCAAUACUUUUUGCUACACUGCACAAUUGUAAAAGCAUCUCAACUUAAAAAUAUACUUCGUAUUAAGUUAAACUAUAAAGUUUAUUUAUCAAGAUAUACUCGUAUAUUUAUGAAAUAAAAAAUGUAAAAUUAUCAAGUUUAAACAAUGACAUCAGUUCCUGCCCAUAAAUACAAUCCUCAAAAGAACUGAAGGGUCCAAGUGCAUCUCUUCACUUCACCCCACUAUGGGCUUCUCCUUCUCCCUAUUCCCCCAUUCCGCUAUUUGCCUGUCUGUAGUCUUGAGUCUAUGUCUAUCCAGUGUUGAUUCUGUGUACACAGCACCAACCAAGAUUGGCCAAGGUUACCGUUUGGUCUCCCUUACAGAGACUUCUGAUGGUGCCCUUGUGGGAGAGCUUCUAGUCAACAAGCCAAACACUAUCUAUGGUCCUGAUAUUCCUCAUUUGAAGCUCUAUGUCAAACACGAGACAGACCAGUCCCUGAGGGUUCACAUUACCGAUGCGGAUAAGCAGAGAUGGGAAGUCCCAUAUGAGCUAUUACCUAGAGAAAAGCCUCCAUCUUUGAGGCAAAUAUUUGGUGUUAGCUCAGGAAACAAGCCUUCUCCAUUUGGAGUCUCAGAAUAUUCUGGAGAUGAGCUCAUCUUUAGCUAUAUCUCUGAUCCUUUUAGCUUUGCUGUCAAAAGAAAAUCAAACGGUGAUACCCUUUUCAAUUCCAGCUCGGAUAGAUCCGACCCGGGUAACAAAUUGGUUUUCAAAGACCAGUACUUGGAGAUAUCUACCAAAUUACCCAAAGAUGCCUCACUCUAUGGACUUGGGGAGAGCACAAAGCCACAUGGAAUUAAACUCAACCCAUAUGAUCCUCACACCCUCUAUAACACUGACCAGUCAGCCAUUAAUCUCAAUAUGGACUUGUAUGGGUCCCACCCCAUGUACAUGGACCUCAGGAAUAAGGGUGGAGAGGCAUAUGCCCAUGCUGUCCUCUUGCUGAACAGCAAUGGGAUGGAUGUGCAGUACACUGGGACUUCUUUGACAUACAAAGUGAUUGGGGGUGUUUUAGACUUUUACUUCUUCUCAGGCCCCACUCCUCUCAAUGUUGUUGAGCAGUACACUGCAUUUAUAGGCAGGCCAGCUGCAAUGCCCUACUGGUCCUUUGGGUUUCAUCAAUGUAGAUGGGGUUACCACAAUCUUUCUGUACUUGAAGACGUUGUUGACAGCUACGAGAGAGCAAAGAUCCCUCUUGAUGUGAUAUGGAAUGAUGAUGAUCACAUGGAUGGGAAGAAGAUCUUCACACUCAACCCCGUAAACUAUCCACGCCCCCAAACAUUAGCAUUCCUAGACAAGAUUCAUGCCCAAGGCAUGAAAUACAUUGUCAUUGUGGACCCCGGGAUCGGCGUCAACAAAAGCUAUGGAGUGUAUCAAAGAGGGAUAGCUAAUGAUGUUUUCAUCAAAUAUAUGGGCAAACCAUAUGUCGCCCAAGUCUGGCCUGGUGCAGUUAACUUCCCUGACUUCCUUAACCCAAAAACAGUUGAUUGGUGGGUUGAUGAAGUCCAUAGAUUCCAUGAUCUCUUACCCGUUGAUGGGCUUUGGCUUGACAUGAAUGAAGUUUCCAACUUCUGCACCGGUUUGUGUACGCUACCAGAGGGCAGGAUAUGCCCAAAUGGAACUGGUCCUGGUUGGAUCUGUUGUCUGGAUUGCAAGAACGUGACUAAAACCAAAUGGGACUACCCACCUUACACAAUAAAUGCCUCUGGAAUAGAAGCGCCUAUAGGAUACAAAACCAUUGCCACGAGUGCCGUGCACCACAAUGGAGUUUUGGAGUAUGAUGCCCACAGUAUCUAUGGUUUUUCUGAGACCGUUGCAACUCACAAAGGACUUGAGUCACUUCAAGGCAAGAGACCAUUCAUACUGACCCGUUCCACAUUCGUUGGGUCAGGCCAUUACGCUGCUCAUUGGACAGGAGACAACAAGGCAACUUGGGAUGAUUUGAAGUAUUCAAUCUCAACAAUGUUGGAAUUCGGACUUUAUGGAAUACCCAUGGUCGGUGCAGACAUAUGUGGGUUCUAUCCACCACCCACGGAGGAGCUUUGCAACCGUUGGAUCGAGCUCGGCGCGUUCUAUCCAUUCUCAAGAGAUCACGCAAACUACUACUCCCCCCGACAGGAGCUUUAUCAGUGGGCCACCGUGGCUGAAUCCGGACGUAACGCUUUGGGUAUGAGAUAUAAACUUCUACCAUAUCUCUACACACUGAGCUUCGAAGCUCAUACGACUGGGGCUCCCAUUGCCCGACCAUUGUUCUUCUCUUUCCCAAACCUAACCGAGCUAUAUGGAGUGAGUACCCAAUUCUUGUUGGGAAAAAGCGUCUUGGUCUCCCCCGUGCUUGAAUCAGGUAAAACUGAAGUCAAAGCAGUUUUCCCUCCGGGAACUUGGUACAACAUGUUUGAUAUGACGCAAGCCAUAGUCAUACCUGAAGAGACACAAGAAAUCACACUAGAUGCACCAUUGCAUGUGAUCAAUGUGCACGUGUACCAGAAUACAAUCGUUCCCAUGCAACGCGGAGGAUUAAGAACGAAAGACGCCCGGGCAACUCCAUUCACGCUCGUCGUCACUUUCCCAUUUGGGGCUUCUAAGGAUUUUGCACAAGCACAGGGGAUGUUGUUCCUUGACGAUGACGAGCUGCCGGAUAUGACGCUUGGCAAUGGGUACUCGACGUUGGUGCGUUUCUGUGCAGAUGUACAAAAUGGAAUUGUGAAUGUGUCUUCGGAGGUCUUGGAGAGCGAGUACGCAUUAAGCAUGGGGUGGGUGAUAGAGAAGGUGACAGUGCUUGGGGUGAAUCCUAUGCGAGGAAGCUUUAAACUCAAAGUGGACGGGACCGAGGUUGAAGAUACUUCAAAUAUGCUGUUUAGCGCAACGGAGCAUGUGUAUCAUAAAGGGGCAUUUGAAGGUGGACAAGGAGACGGUGUUAGUAAGAAGAAUGUGAAGCUGGAUAUCAGUGGAUUGGAGUUGCCUGUAGGGAAGAACUUCUGCAUGUCAUGGAGUGUGGAGAUCGAAGCAUGAAUAAUUUGUUCACAGGUUCUUGAUGGAAAGGAAAUGGGCUGAAAAAUAUUGGCCCAUUCUUUCGGUUUUAUAGGAAAAACAUAAUAUGAGUUUGAUUGUUUAUGAUGUUUGGCUUCUGGUCUUGGUUUUCAUAUGUGGUCUAGUCCAGUCAAGCUUUUUGGAACUAUAAGUUUGGAAAUCUAUAAGUGAGUUGCUUAUUUUACAAAUGAAGUCAUUCCACAUUUCCACCCCAAAACUGUAUCCAUAACCUUGCUAUUAUUUCCAAGUUCCAUCCCUAUUUGCUGUUAUAUAUAAAACAACAUUGUGGUAAUGAUUAAUUAUAUAUUUAUUUAAUUAAUUAGCAUUUAGAAUAUUUUAAC